CUCACAGCUGAUUGGGGGCCAAGGGGAACAGGAUGAAUCUAGUGCCCAGGGCUAAGACCAUUGGCAAUACGUAGGGGGUGUACAUGGGUGCACAUGCACCCCCUGAGAUUAGCAGUGCACCCCCUGAGAGAAGCACCGCUGGCUGCUACCAACCACCCUGCCACCAACACUGCUGUGGCCACCUGUGGAAGCUCCUCACUUGCUGCCAUCACUGCUGGCACCGCCUGCAGUCCUGCCCAGCCACAGAGCCUAAGAUGCUGAACGUCCACCUCAUCCCCCACACACACAAUGACGUGGGCUGGCUGAAGACAGUGGACCAGUAUUUCUAUGGAGCCCGCAAUGACAUCCAGCACGCCGGGGUGCAGUACAUCCUAGACUCUGUGAUGCCCCAGCUCCAGGCUGACCCCACCAAACGCUUUGUCUACGUGGAGGUGGCCUUCUUCUAUCGCUGGUGGCAGCUGCAGCCUGAGCCCAUACGCCAGCUCGUCAGGGAGCUCAUUAACCAGGGGCGCCUGGAGUUUGCAAAUGGGGGCUGGUGCAUGAAUGAUGAGGCAGCUGUGCACUACAAUGCUGUUGUGGACCAGCUGACACUGGGGCUGCGCUUCCUGCAGGAGACAUUUGGGGCCUGCGGGCGCCCCCGUGUUGCCUGGCACAUCGACCCCUUUGGCCAUGCCCGUGAGCAGGCCUCUCUCUUUGCCCAGAUGGGCUUCGAUGGGUUCUUCAUCGGGCGCCUCGACUACCAGGACAAGGCUAACCGGGAGCGGCUGCGGGAGAUGGAGCAGGUGUGGAGGGGCAGCUCCAGCCUGAAGCCCCCAGCUGCCGACCUCUUUACUGGUGUUCUCCCCAAUGGCUAUGGGCCGCCCUUUUCCUUCUGCUGGGACCAGUUCUGCUCCGACAACCCUAUUGUGGAUGACAAGAGUGAUGAGAACAAUGUGGCCGAACGGGUUUCUUCCUUCCUUCGAGUUGCUGAGGCCCAGGCAAAGCAUUACCGCACCAACCACAUCGUUAUGACGAUGGGCUCAGACUUCCAGUAUGAGAACGCCAACCUGUGGUACAAGAACAUGGACAAGCUGCUGCAGCACGUCAAUGCCCAGCAAGCAAAUGGGAGCCGGGUCCACGUGCUCUACUCCACGCCCAGCUGCUACCUGUGGGCACUCAACCAAGCCAACCUCACCUGGUCUCUGAAGCACGAUGACUUCUUCCCAUACGCGGACGGCCCCCACCAGUUCUGGACGGGCUACUUCACUAGCCGGCCCAGCUUCAAGCGCUACGAGCGCCUCAGCAACAACUUUCUUCAGGUCUGCAAACAGCUGGAAGCUUUGGCUGGUCCUGGCAUCAGGAAGGGUCCCUAUGGCGAGGGUGACAGCUCCGUGCUGCGCCGUGCCAUGGCCGUGGCCCAGCACCAUGACGCUGUGAGCGGGACAGAGAAGCAACAUGUGGCAAACGACUAUGCCAAGCGCCUGGCUGCUGGCUGGGAAGCCUGCCAGGUCCUGGUGAGCAAUGCGCUGGCCACUAUCAGUGGCAGCAAAGAGAACUUCAUCUUCUGCAACUACCUCAACAUGAGCGUCUGCCCGCUGAGUGAGGCUGCUGGCCAGUUCACAGUGAUCCUGUACAACCCAUUGGGCCGGAGCGUGCGCUGGAUCGUGCGGCUGCCGGUCAAUGGGGCACAGUAUUCGGUGAUGGACACCGACGGGCAAGCGGUGCUCAGUGAGAUCAUCCCUGUCUCUAACUUCACACGGCAGCUGCGGCGGGAUCGAGGCAAUGCUCGCCUCGAGCUUAUUUUCCCAGCUGUGGCCCCAGCUCUCGGCUACGCCACCUUCGCCGUUACCCGGCUGGCUGGGGAGCGCCAGCUUGGCCCUCAGGAGAUCCAUGCUCGGCCCCUGGAGAUCCACAAUGAGCAUGUUCGUGUCCUGUUUGACCCUGUCACUGGGUUACUGCAAGAGAUUCAGAACCUGGACAAGGGCAUCACCCUGCCUGUGACCCAGGGCUUCUUCUGGUACAAUGCCAGCAUUGGCAAUGAGGAGAGCAGCCAGGCCUCAGGCGCCUACAUCUUCCGGCCUAACCGCUCAGAGCCCAUCCCCAUGGCCUGGCGGGUCCACACAUACCUGGUGAAGAACCGUCUGGUGCAGGAGGUCUAUCAGAACUUCUCAGCAUGGUGCUCCCAGGUGGUGCGGCUCUAUGCUGGGGAGUCCCACGUUGAACUGGAGUGGACGGUGGGACCCAUCCCCACAGAUGACGGGUGGGGCAAGGAGAUCAUCAGUCGUUUCGACACUCCUCUUGAGACGGAUGGAUGCUUCUACACAGACUCCAACGGGCGGGAGAUCCAGGAGCGCAGACGCAACUUCCGGCCCACAUGGAACCUGAGCCAGACAGAGCCGGUGGCUGGGAACUACUACCCUGUCAACAGCCGCAUCUAUAUCAAGAACAGGAAAUUCCAGCUGACAGUACUUACUGAUCGUUCCCAGGGUGGCACCAGUGUCUCUGAUGGCUCCCUUGAGCUCAUGGUGCACAGGCGACUGCUGUACGAUGACGAUCGGGGGGUGGGGGAGCCACUGAUGGAGCCGGGUGACUUCCAUGAUGGGCUGGUUGUGCGGGGCCGGCACCUGGUGCUGCUGGACACGGUAGAGUCCUCACCCACCUGCCAUCGCCUCCAGGCCCAGCAGGAGUUCAUGGCCCCGCAGCUGGUGCUGGCCCCUGGCAGUGCUGCCCCCUCCACCCAGGGGCAACGGUUCACAGCACUGAGACAGGACCUGCCCCACAACAUCCACCUGCUGACCUUGGCCCAGUGGGAUGCCAACUCCAUCCUCCUGCGGCUGGAGCACCAGUUUGAGCAGGGCGAGAGUGCCAAUGGCUCCCAGCCUGUCACCCUCAACCUGCUGAACCUCUUCUCCUCCUUCACCAUCACUGCCCUGCAGGAGAUGAAUCUUGCUGCCAACCAGAGGCGUGAGGAUGUGACACGACUUACCUGGUGGCUGGAGCCAGGUGCAGCCCGGCCCCAGCCUCCCCCCAAACUGGACCCGAGCCGUGUCACACUGGAGCCUAUGGAGAUCCGGACUUUCCUUGCCACAGUGCAGCACAGAGACACUGGGGGGGGUCUGGCUGCCCGGUGGGUAGAGAGGUAGAGGCCCUUCUCUCCCUCAUGGGGGGUGGGUCUACCCCCUCCAUCCCCUCUGGGACCAGGUUGUGCCUGCAACUUCUCUCUACCAUCCCCCCUUGCUGCCAAUACAUUUUGCCAAGCCAGAUUCAAAGGGGGCCAGGCUCAGGUACAUCCUUGGCCUUGGCUGGCCCCACAGCCAUGUGCACACGCACACACAUGUGACUCAUUACCUGAAUAAAUGGUCUGUGGUCACUGUCACAACCUCA